AGGCCAUUUCUUUUGGCGGUGAAAUUUUUCAAUUUGACGUUGGGCAUGACUUUCUAAGUAUCUGAUGUAAAUACGAAGAAACUUUUUCUCCUUGAGUUUUCUUAUCAGAACAAAAUUUAAAAGAAAAAUGUCAACUGUUUAUGUGGAUCGUGGAAUGGCAUGGUGUACAGUCGUUGGUGGUUUCGUUGCCAACGUACUUUUGGGUGGCUUGGGGAAAUCCUACAGUCUAGUUAUGGAAGCUUUUCAAGAAGUAUUUGAGAGUGGAUCCGCCUACUUAUUUCUUGCCGGUGGUUUAAUCUAUACCUUGAUGUAUUGUUUAUCUCUGGUUAAUUAUCAUCUUUCUAAACGGUACGGAAGUCGACCUGUUGUGGCUGUGGGUGCUUUUGGUUCGUGUAUCAGUUUGCUAAUUGCUGCCUGUUCACCGAAUCUUGCAAUAUGGGUAGUUGCUGUCGGUUUUGGAGUAGGUGCAUCACUGUCAUGUAUAUACUUUACUGUAUUCGCUGUUGUCGGUUGCUGUUUUAAACGAUAUUUGGGCCUGGCAAAUGGGAUUAGUGUGGCUGGUGUUAGUGUUGGUCAAAUGGUAUUUCCCACACUGAUUACCCAUUUGAAUGUAACAUAUGGAGCUAGAGGUGGCGCAGUUGUUAUGGCAGCUAUCUGUUUACAUUUACUUGUGACUGCCGCAUUAAUGCCACGGUAUAUCAUUGAUCCAGAUGCCCCCCCACCGGCGGAAGUCAGUACUAGUAAUAAUAAUAAUAGUAAAACAAGUAAAAAUAAUAAUUCACAUAAAAAGGCGAAAUCGAAAGAAGGCAAACAGUUGUUAUCUGUUAUGGAUUCGUUGAAUAAUUCACAAGAUGGUAAAGACGACGGUGUUGGUGGCAAGGAUUCAACACUGAAUAACCCGGUGGAUGAGUUUUUCUCAAAGUUAGAUGAUCAAAGAGAUGUUAUUCAUUCAGGGAAGAAUAUUGGUUUGUCAGUCGAUGUUUUAUCGACAUCCUCAUUGUCAAGAGCCUCUACUUCUUCUGUACUAUCGUUAACAACUCGUAAUGGAAAACGGCUAACACGUGCAUUAUUGAUUGUAUAUAUAGUGGCUAAAGCGUUUGGGGAUGUUGGCGAUGUGAGCGUAUCGUUCAUCGCGCCUGUGUUUGGAACGGAAUUAGUGCUAAGUUCUACCACAAUCAAUCGGGCUAUUGCACUGUCUGGUGUCGGAGAUCUCAUCACACGUCUUGGUGUGGGUUGGCUAACCGACAGAACAAUUUGUAUUGGCCGACGGGGAUUAUUGUUGGGUGUUACUUGGUUGGUUGAAGGGUUGAAUGCUUUUGCAUUCUCACAGCUACAUCUCUUGUCGGGAAAAUAUCAUGCAAACAGUCCACAGAAUGAUGAUUCGGUGACAAUUAAACUGCUGUACUACCUUUGCUUCACUAUCCACGGGAUAUGCAGUGGUACAGCUAUGACACAAAUGGUUGUUGUACUGACAGACUGGGUUGGCUCUGGCCAGUUGGCACGUUCGCUUGCCAUUACAAUGGUCAUUCUGGGAUUAGUCAUCUCUCCAGGACAAUUUCUUAUGGGUGUAAUCGCUGAUUUCUCUGGUUCCUAUGUUUGGUCAUUGUAUGUCUGUGGUGUCAUCCUCCUGUCUGCCGGUUUCAUUCUUCUUAUGGAAUUCCCUGUUCGUCGGCUGUAUCCAGUCAGCCAUGUUGGCUUGAAUACGAAUACCAACAAUAAUAAUAUCAAUAAUAAUAAUAAUCAUAAGAGUAGUAAGCUGUGUAUCACUGUCGAAGAUGAUAUCGAAGGUGGUGAUCUUGGCAACGGAUUAAUCAUCAAUGGUCACUGUGGGGAUCCGAUCGUCGGUAAGAACUCCGAAUUGCUUUUCCCUACAGCACCACCAAAUGAUGACACAAAAUGGGAAAUUAUAGAUUCUGAUAUGGAGAACAAUGUGAACAAUACUACAGAGCUUUUGAACACCUCAAAAAAUCGAUUGAAUCGCUCAUGAUCGAUCGAUUAAUGGAUACCUCACAUGCUGUCACUGUCGUCGCUUUUUGUCUACAGUCAUAGCGAUGAGAACCUGGGACGAAGAGAGAUGCACACUGAUGCCUUUGUGUGUUCUUUUUGUUUUCUAUUCCUUUCUUUGUGCUCCAUUCUCAUUCACCCCUUUCUUCUGCUUUCUGAGUCCCCCCGCCUCUGGCCGUCCACACGUGUUUAUCUAGUUGUUUAUUUUCUUGCGCUUGUACUUUUCGUUUUACUUAUUUAACAUUUUAACGUCUGACAGUUUAAUCGCCCUCCCCUGCGCCCAAUUUUUCAUUUCGUUUCUUAUUAUUCUUUAUUUCCAUAAGUCUCGCCCACGCAGCCUGCUUUCCUCCUCCCCCUCCUUUUUGCCCAAUAGAAACGCCUUUUUGUAUUAUCCAAUCAGCCAGCCAGCCAACCAAUCAUCAUUAAGGGAGGAAAAUGUGCGGAGGCUAAUGGUGUGGAUGGCGGUAAAAAUGAAUUCAUGUACCUUCUUGAUUUGUUUUUUUUUUAUUUGAUUCUUGCUGCUUUCUCAAUGGUUGUACAAUUAAUUGUAUGUAGAUUAUAUAUUUAUAUACAUAUAUUUUUUGUCAGUGAAAUCGGCCUCAAGUUUUGCUGUGAGUGUUCGUGCUUUCUCCUCCUGGUAACAUAUUAUACAGCUGUAUUUAGUAUAUUCCAUAAUAAUAAUAAUAAUAAUAACAUUAAUAGGCAUAUUCUCUCUCAUUUUUUGUUUAAUUUUUUAAAAUUUCUUUUAAUAUAUUUUGGGAUUUUUUCUCUUUUAUUUUUUUCUUUUGUUAUAAUAAAUUACGUAUAUAUUCUGUCUGUAGAACAUCAGGGUAAAUUUAUUUUUUUCUAACUAACCUUUCUCUCCUCGUAUGAUUGUCAAUGAAUUCCCCUAUCCACCUACCUACGAACAACGCCGCCAUCUCAUGGUGAUGACUGUUUCUUCGACUGGAUAUCUACUACUACUACUACCACUGGUGAUCGUUUGUAUUGUGCUCCCUUCCAUACCCUCUGCAUUAGUGAUGGAGUUGGGUAAUCUCAUUUGCGUGUUCUUGUCGCUGUUCAUUGCGUCGGUGGAUAGGUGGGUACACUUACUUGGUUUAGUUCCUUUAGGCUUCCAUCUUUUCGAGUUCUGUCUUUUCCGAUUGUUUUCCGGUGAUGUUUCUUCUAAUUUCUAGUUGUUCAAUUACACAAACACACACACACACACUGUCUAUCUCUGUUUAGCCUUUAUGUAUUUUGUAGUAUGUUACCUGUAAUUGUUAUUGAUUCAGUAAUGAUAAAAAUAAUAAUAUUAAUGUUAGUUAUAAUAA